AUGCUCAUGCCACUGAGCCAGGUUCUCCUUGCAGUGCUGGCUGCUGGCUCUGCCCGCGCCGCUCCGCAGGCAGCCUCGACCACAGCCGCAGCUCCCUCAUCGUCGUCGACGUCCUCCCCGUCUGGACAGGCGUGCAACAACUCGCCGAGCCUCUGCGGCCGUCAGUACAAUGCCGUCACACACAUGGGCGCCCACAACAGCGCCUUUCUGCGAGACAGCAGCACGGGCAACUCCCUCGCCGGGAACCAGUUCAGGAACGCCACGGCGGCCCUCGACGCCGGGCUACGGCUUCUCCAAGCCCAAGUCCACAAACCAAACACCACGCUGGAGCUCUGCCACACGUCGUGCAACCUGCUGGACGCGGGGCCCCUCGAGGCCUGGCUCCAGGACAUCAACGCCUGGGUGGCCGCGCACCCCAGCGACGUGGUGACCCUGUUGCUCGUCAACUCGAACAGCGCGCCUGCGUCCGACUACGGCGCCGUCUUUGAAAGCGCCGGCCUGGCCAAGGUCGCAUACAGGCCGCAGUCAAACGCCGCGACGUCCACUUGGCCGACCCUCCAGUCCAUGAUCUCGGCAGACGCCCGCGUCGUCACCUUUGUCACAAACAUGGACUACUCCGCUUCCGCGCCCUACCUCCUCCCCGAGUUCGACCAUGUCUUCGAGACGCCGUUCGAGGUCACCGCCCUUGACGGCUUCAACUGCACCGUCAGCCGGCCGUCGAGGGCCAGCCCGGCAUCCGGCUCCCUGUCCAGCGGCUUCAUGAGCCUCGUCAACCACUUCAAGUACCAGAGCCUCGUGGCCAACAUCCAGGUGCCCGACGUGGGCGCCAUCGACACGGUCAACAGCGCCGGCACGUCCGAGCCCGGCAACCUGGGCACGCACCUGCAGCAGUGCAGGACGGAGUGGAACAAGGCGCCCAGCUUCGUGCUCGUUGAUUUCUGGGACAAGGGCGACCCCAUUGCCGCCCUCGACGGCAUGAACGCCGUGACUGAUGCCACGGGGAGGACAAGUUCGCGCUCGGCCGGUCGGUCGGCCGGGAGCGGCCUUGCCAAGGACGAGAAGCUUGGCGCCGGGGCCUUUGUGGCCUUUGUCUCGGCCGCCUUGUUUUUGCUGUAG